AUUUAAAAGCUGAAGUGAAAUAGAAGUACAUAUGUUCUUCCCUGCCCAAACGUCGCAGGGAGGUUUAAGCUCUUAAAACCCUAGUCACAUAUUGCACGAUCCUCUCUCUCGCCCUCCCAAAGCAAUCCUACAUUACACAAAUCAUCGUUGAGGGUUUAAUACUCAGACAAAAUGAGCUACGCAGCGUACAAAUUGAUGCACCCGCCCACCGGAAUCGACAACUGCGCUUCGGGAUUCAUCACGCAUUCUCCCGCCGACUUCGCUUCCCGCAUUCUCCCGGUUCCUACUGACGAUAUCGACCCCGUCUGGCCCUCCACUCCGACUCCAGGUGUUGGUCCUAUCCCAAACCUCAUCGUGACCGCAGCCAAUGUUCUUGAAGUAUACACCGUUAGGGUUCAAGAAGACGGUAAUAGUACUAAUAAGGAUUCUAGCACCGUAUCUCAACCACAGCGUGGCGGCGUCAUGGCAGGUCUCUCUGGUGCUUCACUAGAACUCGUUUGUAGUUACAGGUUGCACGGCAACGUGGAAUCAGUGGGUGUGCUGUCUUCUGGAGCAGAGGAGCGGACAAGUGGUAGAAGAAGAGAUUCUAUCAUCUUAACAUUUGAAGAUGCAAAAAUCUCUAUUCUAGAAUUUGAUGAUUCAGUUUAUGGACUUAGGACAAGUUCAAUGCACUGCUUUGAGGGUCCACAGUGGGUUCAUUUGAAAAAGGGCAGAGAAUCUUUUGCCAGAGGGCCGUUCAUCAAAGUUGAUCCUCUAGGCAGGUGUGCAGGGGUACUUGUUUAUGGCCUACAAAUGAUAAUACUCAAAGCUGCUGAGGCUGGUGGUUUGGUGGGAGAUGAUGGUGGUUCUAGUGGUGGAGGCUCAGUUUCUGCACGUAUACAAUCAUCAUAUAUGAUUAGUUUACGGGAGUUGGAUGUCAAACAUGUCAAGGAUUUUAUCUUUGUUCAUGGUUACAUUGAACCUGUUUUGGUCAUCCUUCAUGAGAAAGAACUCACUUGGGCUGGGCGCCUGCCACAUAAGCAUCAUACCUGUAUGAUUUCUGCACUUAGUAUCAGUACCACUUUGAAGCAGCAUCCACUCAUAUGGUCUGCCACUAAUCUUCCACAUGAUGCAUAUAAGCUUCUUGCUGUGCCCUCUCCAAUUGGUGGAGUUCUUGUAGUUUGUGCAAAUACAAUUCAUUAUCAUAGCCAGUCAGCAUCAUGCAUAUUGGCUUUGAAUAAUUAUGCUGUUCCCAUGGAUAGCAGUCAGGAGAUGUCAAGAUCAAGUUUCAGUGUGGAGCUUGAUGCUGCAAAUGCAACUUGGAUAUCAAAUGAUGUUGCCAUGCUGUCAACAAAAUCCGGUGAACUACUUUUGUUGACACUUGUACAUGAUGGCCGUAUGGUGCAGAAACUUGACCUUUCCAAAUCUAAAGCUUCAGUAUUAACUUCGGGAAUUACUACUGUUGGAAGCUCUUUCUUCUUCUUAGGAAGUCGUUUAGGAGAUAGUUUGCUAGUGCAGUUCCAUUGUGGGGCAGGGUCUUCUAUUGCAAAGGAAGAGGUUGGUGAUAUUGAAGGCGAUGUUCCAUUAACAAAACGAUUAAGAAGAUCUUCCUCUGAUGCUUUGCAAGAUUUGGCAAAUGAUGAUGAACUUUCCUUGUAUGGGUCAGAUCUGAACAAUGCCCAGUCUGCCCAGAAAACAUUCUCGUUUACUGUAAGGGACUCAUUGAUUAAUGUUGGCCCCUUGAAAGACUUCUCUUAUGGUUCAAGAAUGAAUGCUGAUCCAAAUGCUACAGGGGUUGCUAAACAAAGUAAUUAUGAACUUGUGUGCUGUUCUGGUCAUGGAAAGAAUGGCUCUCUCUGUGUGCUUCAACAAUCUAUCCGUCCAGAAAUUAUCACCCAGGAAGCUAUACCAGGUUGCAAGGGGCUUUGGACUGUCUACCACAAAAAUUCACGCAAUCAACCUGAACAUUUGAAAACAGCAUCUGAAGAUGAUGAGUAUCAUGCAUAUUUAAUCAUCAGUUUGGAAAGUCGAACAAUGGUAUUGCAGACUGUUAAUAAUCUUGAAGAGGUGACUGAAAAUGUUGAUUACUUUGUUCAAGGAAGUACCAUUUAUGCUGGGAAUCUUUUUGGAAGGAGGCGAGUCAUACAAGUGUACGCUCGUGGUGCUCGAAUUCUUGAUGGUGCUUUCAUGACUCAAGAACUAAACUUCCGACCUGCAAAUUCUGAAACUGCUGCAACUUCUCCCAAUUCUUCCUCAGUGGCAUCCGUCUCCAUUGCUGAUCCGUAUGUAUUAUUGAUGAUGACAGAUGGAAGUAUUCAGCUUCUUGUUGGAGACCCCUUGACAUGCACCAUGAGUAUCAACAAUUUGGCUGCAUUUCAGAGCUCCAAGAAAGCGAUAGCUUGCUGUACACUGUAUCACGAUAGAGGAACAGAGCCAUGGCUAAGAAAGACAAGUACAGAUGCUUGGCUUUUGACAGGUGUCAGUGAGGCAAUUGAAGGACCCGAUGGAACACCUCAGGAUCAAGGCGAUAUAUACUGCGUAGUCUGUUAUGAAAGCGGCUCACUCGAAAUAUACGAUGUCCCAGUUUUCUCUUGUGUUUUUUCGGUUGACAGCUUUGUUUCCGGAAGAAUCUUUCUCGGAGACAACUUAUCCCAGGAACCUUCCAACGAUAGUCACAACAUCAACAUGAAGGUUGUUGAAUUGGCCAUGCACAGGUGGCCAGGGGACCACAGCCGCCCUUUUCUGUUUGGAAUCUUGGCUGAUGGGACGAUUCUUUGCUAUCAUGCUUACUUGUAUGAAGGAGGUUCCGAAAAUGCUUCUAGAAGUGAAGUGGUUUCUUCUGUUGAAACCUCUUCAUCCAACCCUUCAAGGCUUAAGAAUUUGAGAUUUUCACGUGUUUCUUUGGAUACAUACACAAGAGAAGAGAUGUCAACAGAAACCCCGUUUCCAAGAAUAACAAUGUUUAAAAAUGUUGGUGGUCACCCUGGGUUCUUCCUCUCCGGUUCAAGACCUGCCUGGUUUAUGAAAUUUAGAGAGCGGAUUCGAAUCCAUCCCCAGCUUUGUGAUGGAUCGAUUAUUGCCUUCACGGUUCUUCAUAACAUGUACUGUAACCAUGGGUUCAUUUAUGUUACCUCACAGGGUACAUUGAAGAUCUGCCAACUUCCAUCUUUGCUAUCAUAUGACAACUAUUGGCCAGUACAAAAGAUUCCUUUGAAGGCCACUCCACAUCAAGUAACAUACUUUGCCGAGAAGAACUUAUACCCGCUUAUAGUUUCUGUUCCUGUGGUAAAGCCUAUAAACCAAGUCCUAUCAUCUAUGGUUGAUCAAGAAUCUGGUCACCAAAUCGAGCAUGAUGUUUCAAAUCUUGAUGGUACUUAUACCGUAGAAGAAUUCGAGGUCCGGAUUUUGGAACCAGAAAGUUCUGGUGGGCCAUGGCAAACUAAAGGAACAAUCCGCAUGCAAACUACUGAAAAUGCACUAACUGUGCGAGUCGUUACAUUAUCUAAUACAACAACCAGAGAAAACGUAACACUUUUGGCGAUAGGGACAGCUUAUGUGCAAGGGGAGGACGUGGCUGCAAGAGGGCGUGUUCUUUUGUUUUCUGUUGAAAGUAGCACUGAAGUAUCACAGCCAGCGGUUACAGAGGUAUACUCCAAAGAAAUGAAAGGUGCCAUAUCAGCUCUAGCUUCAAUUCAAGGCUAUUUGUUAGUAGCUUCGGGCCCCAAAGUUAUUCUACACAAAUGGACAGGUACCGAGUUGAGUGGGGUCGCUUUCUUUGAUGCUCCACCACUCUAUGUAGUCAGCUUAAAUAUUGUAAAAAAUUUCAUUCUGCUUGGGGAUAUCCACAAAAGCAUAUAUUUCCUAAGUUGGAAAGAACAAGGAUCUCAACUAAGUCUACUAGCAAAAGAUUUCGGAUCCCUGGAUUGUUUGGCAACAGAGUUUCUAAUCGACGGAAGCACCCUAAGUCUGAUGGUCUCGGAUGACCAAAAAAACGUACAAAUAUUCUAUUACGCACCAAAAGUCUCCGAGAGCUGGAAAGGCCAGAAGCUUCUUUCUCGGGCAGAGUUUCAUGUCGGGGCCCACGUCACCAAAUUUCUACGCUUACAGAUGCUUCCAACCUCCAACUCCUCUCCAUCAGAUAAAACCAACCGUUUUGCACUUGUGUUUGGGACCUUGGAUGGGAGCAUCGGGUGUAUUGCGCCUCUUGAUGAGCUGACUUUUAGGAGGCUUCAGUCUCUGCAGAAAAAACUAGUGGAUGCUGUUCCUCAUGUUGCUGGUUUGAAUCCCAGAUCUUUUCGCCACUUCCAUUCCAAUGGAAAGGCUCAUCGCCCUGGCCCUGAUACCAUUGUUGAUGCUGAACUCCUCUGCCAUUAUGAUAUGCUGCCUUUUGAACAUCAGCUUGAGAUUGCAAACCAGAUUGGGACAACACGUUCUCAGAUCAUUUCCAAUUUAAAUGACCUGGCUCUUGGUACUAGCUUCUUGUGAUUAUUAUGAUUAUCAUGUUUCACAGUUGACUUGGUUGCUUAUAAGUUAACUGAUUUAGUGUAUGGAUUGGAAUUAGAUUAAUGAUGUAGUGGGUCGUGUACUUGUGUUGGAUGAGUUUGAUGUAACAUAGAUAGGGCUCGUCAAAAUGAAAUUUGUAUAAUUUAACAUUGGGGUUUAAGUGAGGCGAGGCUCAAUCAUCCGUGUCACAAAUUAUUUAUAAACAAAUUUUUUAGUGACGAUUUUACA